AUUUUCCAUUUACUCGCUUCGGUUGCCUUUAAAUUCUAACGAGGAUAGAGAGCGGGAAGGCAUCAAGCUUUCAUUUGCUCCUCUACUCAAAGUGUCCUAUAGGGUUUCCAUCCCUUCUUCUCAUUACAUUUUUGCCUUUUCUCUUGGUUUUUUGAGAUCUGUGCCUUUUUUUAAUUCUUCAUUUAGCUUCUUGACAGCUUCAUCUUCUUAAGAGCAGGAAACCGAUUGCAGAGAUGGCACCACCAAUUGAGACUCCAAUCAAGUCCUCUAACUCUCACCACUCUUCACAUCCUCCUUUGAAUGAAAGGAUUCUUUCAUCAAUGACCAGAAGGUCUGUUGCUGCCCAUCCAUGGCAUGAUCUUGAGAUCGGACCUGGAGCUCCAAUGGUUUUCAACUGUGUGAUUGAGAUCCCGAAAGGAGGCAAGGUGAAAUAUGAACUUGACAAGAAAACUGGUCUGAUAAAGGUUGAUCGCGUGCUUUACUCAUCAGUUGUGUAUCCUCACAACUACGGGUUCAUCCCCCGCACUCUCUGUGAAGACAAUGAUCCCAUGGAUGUCUUGAUUAUUAUGCAGGAACCAGUUAUUCCGGGAUGCUUUCUUCGUGCUAAAGCUAUAGGUCUGAUGCCUAUGAUAGACCAGGGUGAGAAAGAUGACAAGAUUAUUGCUGUCUGUGCUGAUGAUCCCGAGUAUCGUCACUACAAUGAUAUAAAGGACCUCCCACCUCACCGUCUGGCUGAAAUUCGUCGCUUCUUUGAAGACUACAAGAAGAAUGAGAACAAAGAAGUUGCUGUUAAUGACUUUCUGCCUGCCACUACUGCUUAUGAGGCAAUCCAGCACUCCAUGGAUCUGUACGCGGACUACAUCGUGGAGAGCUUAAGGCGGUAGUUGUGCGCGAUUGCUAUGUCCCAGCUAUUUCCUGCUAUACAUUUAAGUCCCUUUUCACGUAACCAGAAAUUCAUAAUCUCUGGUUUUGCAACAAAGUAAAUGUCUUUAUGACAAUGAUGGCGAUAAUUUUAGUUAAUUCUCACUGUAACGAGUAAUUGCUUCACUCGAUUCUUUUCUUUUUUUGGGGGGAUUGUAUAAUGCCCACCACUUUUAUUUACCGUCUUUGACGAACCACAUCUUUUGAAUUAUUUUAUUAUUAUUACGGAA